GGUGUUGCUAGGCGCUUGAAUGCGCGCGCUCGAAGCUGCUGGCAACAUUCAUAGUUUCCGUUUUGCGUUGUCGUGCAGCGUAGGUGUUCUGUGGUGAGGUUCGAAAAAUAAGAGCGUCGAGAUAGCUAGUAGGAACUGCUCCGCAAAUCAGUAGUGCACGUUGUCUGUCACUUGUUAUGUGUCAGAGACCUGUUGCACCGGUGCGAUUACUCUUUCGAAAUGUCGCUGGGAGUGGAUCCCGUGGUGGCGACAGAUAACGUUUCGUCUCAGGCUGACGAAAUCGAGGCGCUAAGCGCAAUAUAUCAAGACGACUGGAAGGUGGAAGAUGCUGCCAACCGCGUCUACAAGAUUGUGUUGUGCAGCGAAUCCAACGGCGACAAGCUGAGCUUCCAGGUUACACUGCCACCCGAGUACCCCUCGGAAGCGCCGCCGUUUUACGAGAUAAGCGCACCAUGGAUGUCACAGGAAAGGAAGGCAAGGCUCUUGGCUGCCUUGGAUGACCAUUUUUAUAAUCAUCUGGGUGAAAACAUCCUUUAUGACUGGAUUGAGAUUGCUCGCAAAGCACUUAAUGAAGGCCUUGCUGAGUGCGAAUCACCAGUUACUAGUGAUGAUGAAACGCCUGAAGUGGUUGAGCCAUUUGAGCAGCUGACAUUGGAAUCUGAUCAACCAUCAGCCACGAAUUUCAGAGAUGGCUUGAAUAUCUUCCAUGGUGAAACACUCGAGGAUCGUAGAAGUGUAUUCCAGGCUCAUCUUGCUGAAGUUCACAGUGCCAGAGAGGUUGAACAAGUUUUGGAUGAGUUGAACACAACUAAAAAGAUUGCAGAAGCCACGCACAACAUUUGGGCAUAUCGCAUUGUUCAAACGGAGCCAAGAACUACGCUGUGCAAAGACUCUAAGGAUGAUGGGGAAACAUAUGCAGGAAAUCGUCUUCUUCAUCUUUUAGAUAUUCUCAACGUGACAAACGUUCUCAUAGUUGUCACACGAUGGUAUGGAGGAAUUCACCUGGGUCCAGAUCGCUUCAAGCACAUCAACAAAGUGGCCAGAGAUCUUCUUGAACAGCAGGGCUACAUCAAAAAGUUGCCAACAUCGAAUUCCAAAACCAAAGGGAAGCACAUGAGAACAAAGAGCAAGAAAAUGUGAACGGAAUGCUUCAAAUGCAAGCAUUUAUUUAUUUCCAGGCACUGCCAUUUUCAUGGUUUGACACUAGGAAAGGCUGAGUAAUUCUGUGCCAAUGGUAGACAGUGAAAUACUCGAGAGAGUCGCGGUCUAAUGACCAAUGAUGUUGCAUCCAUAUCAAAAUUUGUCAUAAGCAGUGUUCUUUGGAAGGCCGGCAACAACAAAAAUGCGCAAUAGGCAGGUGAAGUGCGAUUCGUCCAGUGUUUUUCUACUUACCUUAUGCUAUGCACGGUGUUUUAUUUUAAAAGGUAAAAAAUGAGACACAAAAAGGGAAUGCGAAAUGUACUUGUGUUUCCAUAUUUUUUUUUCCCAUUUUCUUCUGUUAAAUUAUGCAUGUCUUCAUAUGAACAAGCUCGGUUAAUCACUACUCUGUUUAUCAUACAAGCCUGGCUCCAAAACCCAAUUUUAAGAAUACUUAUUUGGGUGCUUUUACCAAAUUGUAAUUACCAAGUGUUAUUGUGAAGUGUCAUGUGCCAGUGUACUUUUAUUUGUGAGGCAGAAGUAAGCUGUUCAUUUUAUACUGCACUGGCAUUUGCUUGUCUUUUUUAUUUCAUUUUUAAGUUUUUGGACAGUUGUGCUUUUGGAAGUAAUUUACCAGUGCAGUCACUGUUAUAUUGUGCAAGGUAUGCAAUCUCUUCUCGUUUUUUUUCUUCUUUCGGCCUUUUAACACUUCUGCAUAGUGAUAUUGAGCAGUACUUUGUAGUGAAGCUCCAUUUUGCUAGAAAAAAUGCACUAACGCUGUAAAUAAGUUGUUUGUAGUCAUUAUGCAGAUCUCAACAAUUUGCAAAAGUGCUAUAUAUGUUGAAAUGAGUGUUGUACUGUGUGUUGAAAUGAUGGUGCAAUUUGGUGCUGUGAGAAGGGACAGGAAAAAAAAACAGUUAAAAGCAACAGCUGGAAGCAUGUUUUGAUGAUGGUAUAUUGGUGGGAGGAGCUUUGCCUUGUGAUACUGUUACUUUGUUUAUAUGGGCUUUCAAGACAUUUACACUUGUCUGGAGUAUUGUCUGUAACCUAGUCCUGAAGGGCAUGGCCUUUGAAGCGACAAACUUUGAGCUCCAUGUCAUGUGCUGAAUUAUUGUGUGAAAGUUUUAGAUUAUUAUUGCACUGCUUGUUGCCAGUAAGUGAAGAUAUGUAGCAGAACUGGCAACUUAUGCAAAUUAUCUGUACUGCAAAAGUAGCUGGGUCAUUUGUUUAGUUACUGCCAACAGUGAAUAGCAUUUUUAUUGAUAUGCACAAUAUUUUUACCUAUUUUACUUUUUAAUGGUUCCAAAAGUGUCUUUGAUGUUAGUUGUUGACUGUUCUGCAUUAUACAUUAUUGCCAGGCAUACAUCCUAGUGCGUCAAUGCCUAAUUAUCUUGACCGGUGACAGCCUUUCUGGACACUGAGGUUCCAUAAUAAAUGGUGCUAAAAUAUGCUCGCACAAUGUAA